AUGGCCUUCUCCCCCUCGGCACCCACCGUCGCCACCAGACGCGGCAAAUCCUCCCUCCCCCUCUCCUCCCCCCACCUACUACCGGCCUCCCCACCCAUGACUCCCAUGUCCCCAACCCUCAUGUCUCCCCCCAUGACGGCCAAAUCCUUCGGCACCUUCAUCGACUCGGCCCCCUCGACGCCCGCUUACUCCCCCCGCACUGGAGGCGCCGGCUGGGACGGCUCGACCCUCAUGUUACUCUCGCCGGCCUCGACCACACCGUCGAGCCCGCCAGAACCGGAAUGGGAAAUGUUGGCUCCUGUGAAGCAGGAAAGACCAAGCCAGGACCCACCACCACCACCACGUAUGAGUGUGGGUAGAGCGGGGAAAUAUGUCGAGUGGAAGGGUUCAGGGACGGCGUUGGCAUCGCAUCCUGUUUACAGGAGUGGCCAGGAGGUGCCGCCGCGGAGGGAGGAGUAUUGGGCACCUUCCGCAGAAGAGGAGGAAGAGAAACUCGACAAUGCCGGUGAUACUGGCCGUGAGAGCAGCAAAGAAGAGCAGCAGGGUGCACAAUCGGCGGCCGCGCCGCUGGAACGAAUCGCUACGCGGAUGAAGUCGAUCCUGAGACGGCCCCGGGGGAAGACGGUGACGGACAACAAGAAGAGCCCGUCGUCGUCUUCCUCGUCGCCGUUGUCGGCGUGGUCGGAGAACAAGCUCGAUAAGAGAAGGAGAAAGUAUCAGGAUCUGGAUUACAUGGAGGAUGUGCAUUGGACCGAGAUGUGA